AUGGUGCAGCAGAAGAUAGUUAUGAAGGGGCAAAUGUGCUCUGAGAAAUGCAGAACCAAGGGCUUAAAGAUUGCCGCUGUGGCCAAAGGUGUGAGCAAAGUGUCUAUAGAAGCUGAGAAAGAUCAUGUGGAAGUGAUAGGAAACGGGAUCGACUCCAUGACCUUGACCAUGACAAUAAGGAAGAAGGUUGGGCAUGCCGAUAUAGUAAGUAUUGAAGAAGUGAAAGCCGAAGAGGAGGACAAGCCUGUUGAGUGUAUCCCAAUUACUUGCAUAUCAAGCUACGGUUAUCCUCACUAUCCACAAUAUGUAGUUCAUGAGGAACCAACUACUUGCUCCAUUAUGUAACAAAAAUUCCUAUCAAUUUUAGUGAUAUGUCUCAUUAACAAAACUUGAGGAUCUGCG